AUGGCGGGCCAGAGGAGAGCCUCGCUGGGGGGGCCAGACCCUCUGCGUGCUGAACUUCAGAAGAAACAGCCUAAUCUCAACUUAGACGUGUCUCACCAGCCGUCUUGCCCCUUAGAUGAGAAGCCGUGGAAAGGUAGGUCGUGGUGGCUGCGUACACUGAAGCCCCCUCCUCUGAAGCCGCUGGGCAACCUCACGCAGCGAGGUCAGCUGCCCCUGAAGCGGUCGGUCAGCACGGAGCGUUACGUGGAGACCCUCGUGGUGGCUGACAAGAUGAUGGUGGGAUAUCACGGCCGGCGGGACAUCGAGCAGUACAUCUUGGCUAUCAUGAAUAUUGUUGCUAAACUUUUUCAGGACUCGAGUUUGGGCAAUAUAGUCAACAUCCUCGUCACCCGCCUUAUCCUGCUAACGGAGGACCAGCCAACCUUAGAGAUCAACCACCAUGCCGGCAAGUCCCUCGACAGCUUCUGCAAGUGGCAGAAGUCUAUCGUGAACCGUAACGGCAACGGGAACGCCAUCCCGGACAACGGCAUCGCCAACCACGACACUGCUGUUUUGAUCACCAGGUAUGAUAUUUGCAUCUAUAAGAACAAGCCAUGUGGCACUCUAGGGUUGGCGCCUGUGGGCGGGAUGUGUGAACGUGAGCGGAGCUGCAGCAUCAACGAGGACCUUGGCCUCGCCACAGCCUUCACCAUCGCCCACGAGAUCGGCCACACGUUUGGCAUGAACCAUGACGGAGUGGGAAACGGCUGCGGUUCCCGGGGGCAGGAGACAGCCAAGCUGAUGGCUGCCCACAUCACCAUGAAGACCAACCCCUUUGUGUGGUCGACGUGUAGCCGAGAUUACAUAACCAGCUUCCUGGACUCCGGAAUGGGACUAUGUCUAACCAACCCCCCGCCCAAGCAAGACUUUGUCUACCCGACGGUGGCACCAGGCCAGGCCUACGAUGCGGACGAGCAGUGCCGUUUUCAGUACGGAGUUAAAUCUCGCCAGUGUAAAUAUGGGGAAGUUUGCAAUGAGCUCUGGUGCCUUAGCAAGAGCAACCGCUGCAUCACCAACAGCAUCCCAGCUGCAGAAGGGACCAUCUGCCAAACGAACACCAUCGAGAAGGGGUGGUGCUACAAAAGGGAAUGUGUACCCUUUGGCACGAAGCCGGAAGGCGUGGAUGGAGCUUGGGGGGCCUGGACUUCUUGGGGAGAGUGCAGCCGGACAUGCGGAGGUGGCGUCUCUUCGUCCAUCCGCUACUGUGACAGUCCCCGACCAACCAUCGGAGGGAAAUACUGCCUUGGGGAAAGGAAGCGCUAUCGGUCUUGUAACACGGAUGACUGUCCUUCUGGCUCACAGGACUUCCGAGAGCUUCAGUGUGCUGAAUUUGACACUAUCCCUUUCCGAGGAAAAUACUAUACCUGGAAGACGUACCGUGGAGGGGGCGUCAAAUCCUGCUCACUCAACUGCCUGGCCGAAGGUUUCAACUUCUACACAGAACGUGCUGCUGCUGUGGUGGAUGGCACCCCCUGCCGCCAGGACUCGAAUGACAUCUGUGUGAGCGGAGAAUGUAAGCAUGUGGGCUGCGACCGCAUCCUGGGCUCCGACACAAAGGAGGACAAGUGCCGGGUGUGUGGGGGAGAUGGAAGCUCCUGUGAAACCAUUGAAGGGAUUUUCAACCAAUCGUUGCCGGAAGGAGGCUAUGAGGAGGUAAUAUGGAUCCCCAAAGGAUCAGUGCAUAUCGACAUCCGAGAACUCAACCUUUCUGUGAAUUACCUGGCUCUAAGAGGAGAAAGCAACGAAUACUUUAUCAACGGGAAGCUCUCAAUAGACCCUCCACGGCGAUUUGAUGUUGCCGGGACCACCUUCCACUACCGGCGCUCUCAGGAUGAGCCGGAGUCUCUGGAGGCCCUCGGUCCGACUAACAUCACCCUCGUCCUUAUGGUUCUCGUGCGAGAAGAAUUGCAAGGGAUUCGGUAUAAAUUCAAUGCUCCCAUCACUCGCAGCUCUGUGGCCCAGUACUUGUGGCAGUACGUCCCGUGGACAAAAUGUUCAGCUGUCUGUGCCGGAGGCAGUCAGGUCCAGUCAGUCGCAUGCAAGAAACAAGGGGACAGCUCUACAGUUCUGAACCAGUUUUGCAGUCCUGAAACCAAGCUACCAGAGAGGCAAAGACCAUGCAACACAGAACCAUGCCCGCCAGCAUGGGUGAUUGGGAACUGGACUGAAUGCAGCCGUAGCUGCAACCAGGGGGUGAGAACCCGAAGCGUGAUCUGCCAGCGGAAGGUCUCUUCCACCGAGAAGAAAACCCUGGAUGACUCCUUAUGCCCCCUGCCGCGCCCCCAUCUGCUGGAACCCUGCAACAAUCACACCUGCCCCCCGGAAUGGGCUGCUCUUGACUGGUCUGAGUGUACCCCGAAUUGCGGGCCAGGUUUCCGCCACAGGAUUGUGCUGUGCAAAAGCGGCGACCACACCUCGACCUUGCCGACCUCCCAGUGUCCUGAGAACUCCAAGCCCCCCACCAGCAUCCGGUGCAGCCUCCGGCGCUGCCCGCCCCCACGGUGGGUGACUGGCGAAUGGGGAGAGUGCUCAGGGAAGUGCGGCUUUGGCCAGCAGAGGCGAUCGGUCCAGUGCCUGUCUCACACUGGACAGCCGUCUAGAGAGUGCGUGGAGACUCGGAGGCCUGCAGCGACGCAGCAGUGCGAGAACAAGUGUGAUUCUGGACCCACUGAGAACCCGGAAUGCGAGGAUGAGUGCAGGCAUCGAGUUUAUAGCAUAGCGUGUGCUACACUAGGACAGCAGUCGGGGUGGAAUGUAAUAUGUGAUCGGGUCCAUGAGUUCUCGGCCAAUACCCCUGGCACAAUCCGGCAGGCCCAGGGAGGUAAACCCCCCCGUGCUUCCCAGUCGCGCUUCAGGGCUCCACAGGUCUUCUUGUGGAAGUUGACCAGUCCAGUCAGGGACCCACAAUCCACUGAAAUGACUAGUGGCCUCGGGGCCGCCACCUCAGGCUUCCCUCCGUUGGUAGCAGCCCCUAUCGCCGCUGUCAGUCGCCCCGGCCGCGCCCUCACUCGGCGCUCGCGUCGCGUGAUUGCGAAGGUCUCCAGCCGCUCGCCUGCCUCUGUACUCUCCCUCGUCCGGCCUCUCCGCUCGAUCUCUCCGCUCGUCCACCACACGCCGCUAGCUAUGUUGGGCGUGGGCGUCCCAGCUGCUCUGCUCCGUUCUCCACUCCACUCCACUCUCUCCGCCCGUCGGCCACUCCUCUCGCUGGCCGGCUUCACCCGGCUGGCGGCGCGGCUAGCACAGCCCAGCCCGGCGUCUCAGCUUCCUCCGCACUCGCUCCCAGGCCUCGCCUCGCCCCGCAAGCCGACAGCAGCUCCGGCAGCUCCACGGGACCCUCGGCACUCACACCAGUCUCUCCUGCUCCAGGAGUUCCAGCAUUCCUCUUCUUCUCCCCCUGCAGGGUGGGCCGAGCCUGGGAACGUGCCGGUGAGUGGCCCAAGGCCGCCCACCAAGCGCACCGAGACCGGCCUUCGUCUGGGGCGUCAUCGGCGGAGGAGGAGUUGGCGGGGAGCGGAGAAGCCCUCUGGCCGGGUUGGUGGCGGGCGGGCAGGCGGCGGUGCCAAAUCCGGGGGUGGGGGGUCGCGGGGGGGGGGUGUUGCGUUAUUGCGCGCCGCGCCUCCGGAGCCCCUCUCCGCGCCCCGCCGGGGGCAGCCCUCCUCGGGCGCCAACUCCACGCCCGCCGCCUUCGCCCUCCUCCUCCUCCUCCUCCUCCUCUCCUCCGCCCCGCUCGGAGAAAACUUUCCGCCCCGAGCGAGCGAGCGAGGCCAGCCGGGCGACCCGAGCGCCGCAGCCAAGGUAAGGCGCCCGCCGCCUGCGCCAAGGAAGCGCCCCGGCGAGGGCGCACGGUCCGGCCAAGGCGAGCCGUCUCCUCUCCCUCCGGCCGGCCGAUCCGGGGCAGGGCAAGGCCGGGCGCUCCCUCGGCCGGCAGCAGCGGCAGGGCCUUUCGCCCGCGGCGCCCCUUCCUCUGCAGCAGCCACCGCUCGCCCCGGGCCCGGCCGGGUUCUGGCUUCGCGCCUUGGCGCGGCGCCUCCGGGCAGCGGAGCGCGGCAUCUCCAGCCCUCCCCCGGCCAGCUUGCCGGAAAGGAGAAGCCCUCGGCGCGGGGCGCUGCAAGGGGAGCCGCCGAGGGAACGCCGGGCCGGGAAGCCCGGCAGACGGGAGCCGCUCAGGGGCCCAAGUUCAAGCCUCUCGCCCGGCCGAUGCGCGCCGCCCCGGCGGUGGCCUUUGCCUAG